AUGUCGGAUUUGCAAAAGUUUAUUCAGUCAAAAUCGAACCCUUCUACGGGGACGCGGAAAGUUGAAAGACCUGGACCUACACCUUAUACACAUCAACGCCCGCUGUCCAGCACAUCCUCCAACGGUUUUGAUGACAGUUUCGAUGCGUCUUUCUUGUCCACUACAUCUUCAUCACCCUUCUUCCCAGACGCUAGAACACCCAAUAAUACAGCUUUCCAACCUGAUGAGAGCAGGGUUGAUGAGUCUGGUCAAGCUAGUUCAUGGGUGGAAAGAACAACGAACCAUGAUGAUAGUACAACAGAACCAAUGACCUUACCUUAUGGUGGUGGUAAUGGCGAAAAUUCAUUCUAUCAACCUUCAAUUGGAUCCGAACUAGUAACACCCAAUUCAUCCAUGCAACAUCCAACAUCAUCACAUACUUCUUCAACACAUUUCCUACUACCCACACCGUUAAGUACGUUUUCAACUAAUUCGAUACCGCAUUCAAAUAGACCUAUUCCAGGUCCCUUAUCGUCUUCUAUAUCGCAAUCACAAUCAUAUCCACAUAAUGAGUUGUUCACACCUACAACGGAAACUACAUCUAUAACUACACCACCUUCUGGGAUAAAACUGCCUCUCGACUUGUCUUCUGCAGAAUCAAGGACACCUCAUUCGAAUAGUGGUUAUAAAGGUCAAGAUGAUAGGGAUGCAGCUAGAUUAAGACAGUUAGGCUACGAUGCUGUACUUGGCAGAGAUUAUACUUUUUGGAGUAGUUUAUCUAUCAGUUGGCUUAACAUAGGUGCUCUACAGGGAACCAUUUACGCUGUUUCGGGUUGUUAUGCUUACGGAGGUCCAAUGAUGAUCCUGAUUGCAUGGCCUGUAUCGGGGAUAUUCUGCUUCUUGCUCACCCUCACGUUAUCGGAAUUUGCAUCUGCAUAUCCAGUAUCGGGAGCGAUGGCUUCUUGGGCUUGGAAACUCGCACGUGGAGGCGUAGGGGGAGAGAGAGCUUGGGCAUGGCUGAUGGGUGGUUUCGUCAUGGGCGGUCAUAUUGGAAAUCUGCUCCUGGUCAUCUGGGAAAUCUGUAAUAUAAUAGCUGGCACCAUGUCUAUCUCAUUCGACUACAGAAAGACACCCUGGCAUAUGUUCCUAUUCUUCCUCGCGGUCCUGCUCAUUGUUGGGACGGUGGGAUCAACGUCAUGGGGGCGUUCGCAUCGAUUCUGGCUUGGAUCAGGUGCUUUCGGUUUUGCAAUAUGGCUUGUGCUCUGUAUAACGCUCUUGGCUACAAAUGCGACUAAGAAUCGGUCGGAACAUAACCUAAACACGUUUUAUAACACCACAGGAUGGACUUCAAGACCAUACGUUUAUUUAUUAGGUUGGCAAUUUACAACUAUUGCGAGUGGAGCAGACGCCUCUGCUCAUAUGGCAGAAGAAACUCAGAACCCUUCGCGGAACGUUCCCAAUGCCAUGACUGGAUCCGUAAUCUUGACUUACAUUCUUGGAUACAUUUCCAUAAUACUGCUCCUUUUGUCCAUUGCACCCGAAGAUGCCGCAACCGUUCGAGCGCAUUCUUUCCCCUUUGGCUUCAUUCUCACCAAGGCCAUUUCCGAGAGAGGCGCAAUCUCAGUCUGCUGUUUGAUGAUUGUUGUACUACACUUACAAGUGCUCGCACAACUACAAGCUUCAUCUCGAUUCGUAUUUGCUUUAGCUCGAGACAACGCUAUGCCGUUCUCGGAUUGGAUCAAAAGGACGAACGAUGCAAAAAUUCCGAUCUUCGCCAACUGGCUUGUUAUCGCAUUAUGCGUACCGUUCGCCUGUAUGACUUUAGGAGCUCAGUCCACCCUAUAUUCCGUACUGGCUGUGACAGCUGCGACUAUGUCGUAUACUGGAUAUAUAGUGCCUAUAGGGUUAUAUCUGGUCAGCAAGAAAAAUCUGUUAACCGAAGGUAGAACCACUUGGUCUCUUGGUAAAGCAAGUAAACCUGUCGGUGUUGUCGGGUUCUUAUUUGGCUCAGUCGUCAUCAUCGCUCAAACAUUUCCCGGAUCGAGACCUGUCAAAGCAGCUACAAUGAGUUGGUCACCGGUGAUCAUAGUCAGUACUAUAUUGGUAUGUCUUCUUACGUGGUAUAGUUAUGGAGUUCGACAUUAUUCCGGACCUAUAAAAGCUUUGACUAAAUGGGAAACGGGAAUGGCUAUAGAUCUAUCAACGACAUUAGGAUCAUCAAGAUCCCGACAGACUGGAACAUCGCCCGUCAAUUUCGCAAGUCAUCUACCAACCAAAGGAGACAUCAAUAGCGAAACUGAAUCAUCACUAAAAUUAGCAUUAGAACCGCAUAUGCCAAGUGUAGUUCAUACCGUGUCGGUCGAAAGUGCUCAUAACACGAUUGAUAAUGAAGGGAUCGUGACAAGAGGUCAAUGGACCACGAUGGAUUUAGAAUCUAAUGUUCAUUCGAUAGGAUCGGAAUGGACCGAUUCAACAGAAAGUACAAAUUCGACGGGUACGAUGCGAAGUGGAGAAAUAACUCCUACCACAUCAAGAGGUAGAUGA